AUGCCGCUGCUUCCUGUGGAGACGUGGCUCUGCUGCUGCCAUAUUGAUGCUAGUUCGCUAACAAUUGCACAAGUACAAGCCAGCUGUUCUUCUCCCACUUUGUUUCAGAGUCACUAAAAAUCUCCAAAGUAAGAAACGCGAGAGACUAAAGGUCGUCACCCCAUAGAAACCGACGAAAAUGGUGCUGUUGGCAGCGGCGGUGUGCACCAAGGCCGGCAAGGCCAUUGUAUCACGGCAGUUUGUGGAAAUGACCCGGACACGUAUUGAGGGCCUCCUGGCUGCGUUCCCUAAGCUGAUGAACACGGGCAAGCAGCACACAUUUGUGGAGACAGACAGUGUUCGCUAUGUGUACCAACCACUGGAGAAACUCUACAUGGUCCUCAUCACCACCAAGAACAGCAACAUCCUUGAGGACCUAGAGACACUGAGACUUUUCUCUCGUGUGAUCCCUGAAUACUGUCGAGUGCUGGAAGAGGGUGAAAUAUCAGAGCACUGUUUCGACCUGAUCUUUGCCUUUGACGAGAUUGUGGCUUUGGGCUACAGAGAGAAUGUUAACCUGGCUCAGAUUCGAACCUUCACAGAGAUGGACUCUCAUGAGGAGAAAGUUUUCCGUGCUGUCAGAGAGACCCAGGAAAGGGAGGCCAAGGCAGAGAUGAGGAGGAAGGCCAAAGAGCUGCAGCAGUCUAGGAGGGAUGCUGAGCGCUCCGGAAAGAAGGUGCCAUCUUACGGAGGCUUUGGCAGCUCUAGUGUGACUGGUGUCUCUUCAGGAUCCAUCAUCACAGACACCAUCGUAGAGCCUGAGAAGCCCAAGAUCACCCCUACCACUGUCAGAUCCACUGGACCCAGUAAGGCUCUGAAACUCGGUGCUAAAGGAAAAGAGGUGGACAACUUUGUUGACAAGCUCAAGUCUGAGGGAGAAACAAUUGUAUCCAACACAGGAAAGAGAAGUACAGAUGUCUCCAAAGCUCUGCCACCACCAGCCAAUGUUGAGAGUGUGCAUCUUCGUGUGGAGGAAAAGAUCUUGCUGACUUGUGGUCGUGAUGGUGGCUUACAGAACAUGGAGGUGCUGGGAAUGGUGACACUCCGAGUCACAGAUGACAAGUAUGGACGGAUCCGGCUCCUGGUCAACAAUAAUGACAACAAAGGCCUGCAGCUUCAGACACAUCCUAACGUGGACAAGAAGUUGUUCACAGCAGAAUCUGUGAUUGGUCUGAAGAACCCAGAGAAGUCCUUCCCUCUCAACAAUGAUGUUGGUGUGCUGAAGUGGAGACUACAGACCACAGAUGAGUCCCUUAUCCCUCUAACCAUAAACUGCUGGCCCUCAGAGAGUGGAAGUGGCUGUGAUGUUAAUAUUGAAUAUGAGCUGCAGGAGGAGAGCCUGGAACUCAACGACGUGGUCAUCAGCAUCCCUGUGCCGUCUGGUGUAGGAGCUCCUGUCAUUGGCGAUCUGGAUGGAGAAUACAAAUACGACUGCAGACGAAAUGUCUUGGAGUGGUGCCUACCUGUUAUUGAUGCCAACAACAAGACCGGCAGCCUGGAGUUCAGUAUCGCUGGCCAGCCCAGUGACUUCUUCCCUGUCAGCGUGUCCUUUGUGUCCAAACGCAACUACUGUGACAUCCAGGUAACCAAAGUGACUUAUGUGGAUGGCGACAGCUCUGUUAGAUUCUCUUCAGAAACCUCUUUUGUUGCUGACAAGUAUGAAAUCCUGUAAAAUAAUUCAAUCAAAAGAAAAUGAAAACAUAAAAAAAAAAAUCAACAACAAAAAGUUCAAAUCUAUGCCACAGAGAAAGAAUGGAGAGUUUUUGCCUGCCCACCCUGUGUACUGUUUCUGAGACUGUGUACAUCGACAGGACUGUGUGCCCUCUGAGGAAUCCUCUUUCUGUGGUGGAGCAGAGCAGUGAUGUAUUUAUACGUUUAUAUGACAGAAGUUCAUCUAUAUAUAGUUAAUUGAACAGGAAAACAAACACAAGAAGGUUUAAAGCUCCACUGAGGCUGUUGGCUGAGCGGAUCUGAACGGAGGACUAGAUACUAAGUAGAGGAUGACUGUGGGGCUGAAGGACAGGCCUGCUGGCCGUCUCCUGGUCAGGCUCGGAGGCCUUUGACAGAACAGAGACCUGAGGGCAGCUGAUUGUCUCCACUACAAUGAGCAGUGAUACCUUAAUGUUCAAGAGAAUCAUUCGUCCUCCAAAGCCAGGCUUCUUUACAUGCAGCAUUACACCAGUUCAUUGAUCAGUUUUUGAGUGGAGUUCAUGAAAUGGCAACUUUUUUUUUGAUGAUCAAAAUGUUCCCUUUGUCAAUCACAAGCCUGUCUUUCUCUGUUCAACUGUUGCGUCAUUCGCAAAUCUGAUAUAAAUAAUUUUUUUAAAGCUUUCAACAGAUUUAGAAGUAAUAUUUUUUUCUGUUUAUUACAGAAAGUAAACUGUAGGCGUGGCUGUUUUUAUAUGGGCUGUACCGUUUGCAGUCACCAGCACCAUUUCUGUUUAACUUUAUUUUUUCCUUCCCCACCAUGUAUGACAUUACCAUGAAUCUGGAUAUGGAGAUUUAACAUGGAUGAAGAUGGCGUUAUUGAUGAAUUUUGAUUUGUUGAAUUCGUUUGUCAUUUUUAUGCACCAUGACAUUACAUUCUGGUGCAUUGAAUUUUCAGUUGUAACAGAGCAAAAAGUACUUUUCUCGUAAACCGUCUCCUGAUCUAAAUCUCCACAAGGCUUUGUGGAUAUGAUGCCUCUGUGGACAUGGUGAAAACAUGAAGGGCAGAAGUCGUAGGCUGGCGGUCUGACUGACAGCCUGCUCUCCACAUGGACAAAGGCAAGAAACAUGGGUGUCCUAUGACUACACACUCUGCUCUUUAUUCACCCAGUCAUCCUUUACUUAUGUUCUCACUCUGCAUCAUUAUUCAAAAAUGUUUAUCAUGUUUUUGAUGUCUUUCUUUUGUAUUCUCCAAAUUUCAAUUUAGUAAAUGGUUGUGGGGUUGAAAAUGAGUCAAAUGCACAUUUUUAACUAAAUGACAAGGGGGAAUCUUAACAUUCCAUUGUACAAUUAGAAACAAGACUUUCAUGGAAUAAAAAUGUAUUAUUGAAAAAU